AUGUGGAUGCUGCCGCUGGAAACAUUGGUGCCACGAGCCUGCUUCACAUGGGAGGACUUCUGCAAAGCCUGCCCACAGGAGGAAGAGGUGGAGUUUCGCGAAGUUCUCAUGGAUCUCAACACCCGGGAGCUCUACAUUUUCUUCGACCUCAGCCUCACUGUGAACAGAGAGGAGGUUGAUGAAGAGACAACGGCAUCUUGCCGUGUCCUGUGCCUGACGCCCGCGAGCCGGCCUGGAAAACCUCUGUGGCAGGUUGACUAUCCAGACCUCGCGGGCGAGAUGGUCGCCAGCGCCCCAUUGAGCAUCGAUGGCUUCUCCGACGCGUUUUGCGUUGCGGCGACCCACAGGACCGAGCAAGGCCUUUGGGCCCUGGAUGCCGCUGGCAGUGUGUGGAAGAUGGCUUUGUGA